CAAAUCAUUUCAGCCUCCCCAAUCGCCUCCAUCUCUAUUUUCGUUCUCAACUCUGAACUCCCUUUCUCUCUCUGCAACUGCAAACUACAAAAUCUACAAGAAUCAGAAGUUCAAAACCAAUAUACUUCAGUAUAUCUAUCUGUCUGCAAGAAUCAAAAGUUCAAAACCUAUUACCUAUAUCAAAACCCAUAUCGGCAUAUCAUUUCAGAUUUUUCAAAAAAUCAAAACCCAUAUCUUGUAGUUUCCAUCGCCCGUUGUUCCAGUUCGGGUUCGCCGUUCGCAAGCUUCAGCCGCUGUCUCUCAACUCUCAAGCUUGCCCGCCUCCCUCUCUGCAACUGCUAACUUCCCACAGCAUUGAGAAAUCCUGGAUCCGCUCUUGAAGGUAAAGGGUCAAGAAAGAAACAUGCCUCCUCAGUCACCAGGUUGCUUUUCUGAAAGAAGGGAGUUGAUGGGAAUGGGUGGGUUUGGGCAAAAAAUAUAGGUUUAUAAACGGUAGAUAUGGAGCCAUGGAUGAUUAAAAUUCUGAGGUACAAUGAGGUAGACUACAAGGAUAUAUUGGAGAUCGCUUAUUGAAAUGGAGGAGAUGAAAUGGAGGAGAUCGAGAGAGAGAAGGAUCCUGCUAGCAAGUUAUGGUUUCCUUAUGUCAAAAAUGAUUUGGAAAAUUAUAUAAACAAGUGGGAUAUGUUUAUGAGAAAGUGCAAACAGAGCCCAAGAGAUAAAGCAAUAGAAAUGUUGGAAGAAGCGCGCCACAAGUUGGUUUCAUGUUUACAGGAGGUGGAAGGUACUGCAAAUGGGAUGGAAUCAACCAAACUCUUUCAGGUGGCUCAAUAUCUGGGUACCCUUGUAGACAGGCUCAUGCUAACGAUUCACGAAAAAUUUAAGCAAAACCUGACUGUUACUGAAAGUCUAAUUGCAGAGGUAGCAAGUCCUUUGAUUGGGAUUCCUGCUUCUUGGCUCCUCCAAUUUUCAUUUUCAGAGCUGUCAGAGCUGCCACUUCAGGGUCUCAAAACAAGACUGGCUAAAGGGAUGAUUGGACAAGAACAUGUUCCAUUUGUUAUUAGCAAUGCAUUGUCAAGGUUUAGAGUUGAUUCUCGCCCAAUGGUAUCAUUUCUAUUUUUAAAUGGCCUUUUUUCGGGAUGGACAGAGUUUGCCAAAUCUCUUGCCGAGCAAUAUUUUGACGACAGUGAAAAGUUGAUAGCAUACGACUUGUCAGAAUACUCCGACUCACAAUCUGCCUCACGUCUUAUUGGUAUUCCCUCCAGUCCCAGUUCUUGUUAUCGUGAAGGACUGCAAAUGGGAUGGAAUCAACCAAACUCUUUCAGGUGGCUCAAUAUCUGGGUACCCUUGUAGACAGGCUCAUGCUAAUGAUUCACAAAAAAUUUAAGCAAAAAGUCUAAUUGCAGAGGUAGCAAGUCCUUUGAUUGGGAUUCCUGCUUCUUUGCUCCUCCAAUUUUCAUUUUCAGAGCUGUCAGAGCUGCCACUUCAGGGUCUCAAAACAAGACUGGCUAAAGGGAUGAUUGGACAAGAACAUGUUCCAUUUGUUAUUAGCAAUGCAUUGUCAAGGUUUAGAGUUGAUUCUCGCCCAAUGGUAUCAUUUCUAUUUUUAAAUGGCCUUUUUUCGGGAUGGACAGAGUUUGCCAAAUCUCUUGCCGAGCAAUAUUUUGACGACAGUGAAAAGUUGAUAGCAUACGACUUGUCAGAAUACUCCGACUCGUAAUCUGCCGUCUUAUUGGUAUUCCCUCCAGUCCCAGUUCCUGUUAUCGUGAAGGACUGCUCACAGAAGCUGUUAAGAGGACGCCUUGCGCCGUAGUGUUACUUGAGAAUGUUGAUAGGGCUCAUCCUUCUGUUACUUAGGUUCUGAUUGAGAUCAUUACCAAUGACAGUGUAUCAAAUGGCGAAGGAUGCACCACUGACUUCACCACAACAGUGAUUAUCAUGACAUCAAAUGUUAUGGAUGGUAAAAUCCAAGGGUGGAAAUGCAAAUGUGCAGAGACAAUCAAAUUCCCGUUAUCUACUGAUCCAAUGCAACAAGACCAUCAAUGCUUCUAUCUUGAUCAUCUGAGGGAGGCGAGAAAACAUUUCAGACAGUUCAGAGAACUGGAUGAUGUGAUUCUUUUUAAGAACUUUUCUUUUGAACACUAUAUGGCUGAUACCAGUCUCCAGAUGAGGGAAAUAGCCAGCUCCAUGAGGACCCUGACUGGGAAAAGGCUGAUUUUAUACCCAUCUGACGCAGCACUCCGUCAUAUUUUGGGCAAGUCAAAACAGCAUCGAAUGUGUGGAUGUGCUAUGCGGGAUUGGCUAGAAAAGAAUUUGGUCCCUUUGUUAUUUGAUAUGCUUGCUAACAAUGAGAUAGAUGAUAUGUCCACGGUUUACAUUGAUUCGCUGGUGGGACAACAUGCGUUGUCUUAUGGAUCGGAGAAACGUGGCUAUCAAGCGGAAAAUCUGUUUAUGAAGCUGUUUAAAGAAUCUUUAAGGGGAUUAAGAGCUAUGUAUUUGAAAGAGAGAGAACGAGUCAACAAGAUCUACUUGUUAAGAAAAAAUUUGUUUGAACUGAUGAAUUUACUAUAUUCAGAGGAUAGGAUAGAUUUGGACUGUGUUGCAGAGGUUACUCGAGCGCUGGUUAGGACAUUAGAUGCUCUCAUAGAAAACACAAUUGAAGUCAACCUUAUGGCCCUUGAGCAGAAAAUGGUGCGUUUGAACUCCUUAAAUGAGGAAGUUGAGCCUAAGCUGAGAGAAAGGCUUUGCAAGAGUUCUAAGAAUGGAAUGCAGGGACUUCUGAUGAGAUUGAGAAGGGUGGUUCGACAAAAUCAGGCAAGUGAUGUUGUAGUAGAGGCACUAUUGAAAUCUAUUGAUGCACAGCAUGAUCUGCCACAUCGACCUGCUAUGUUUUUCCUAUUCUUGGGUCUCACGGAGGCUGGUGAAGCAGAUCUAGUAGACUGUCUAGCCGAGCAUCUUGUCGCUGAUGAUGGGAUGAAACUGCUUAUUAAAAUUGACUUGUCUGAAUACAGAGAACCAGACUCACUUUGCCGGUUCUUAAAUGGGCCGUUGGAACUUCCAGAUGGCCAUGAGCAACUUGGUUUGUCACUCCUAAGGGCUGUCAGAACAAGGCCACACAACAUCCUUUUCUUUUUUGAGGUAGAAAAGGCCCACAUGUCCAUUUCCAGUGCUUUACUUUCGAUCCUUGAUAAUGGUAAUUUUAGCAUCAAUGGAGGAGAUACAGUAGACUUCAGAAACACUAUUGUCAUUUUUGCCUCAGGUCUGGGAAACAAGGCAAUUCUUACGCGACUUGUUAGGCAUCCUGAUCAAGGUAGUGUUUGGGAUGGCGCCGUGGAAGAGCAGGAAAAAGAGGCUUCAGGUUUGAGUUGCUGAAUCGCAUGGAUGAGAUAGUUUGUUUUGAGCCUUUAGCUUGUGAGAAACUGAGGAAAGUUGUGAGGGUGUCAAUGUGGGCUGGUCCUCAUCUGGAAAGCAGAUGUCCUCUUACGUUUUCGUGGGCAUUUUUCCAUUUGUUCAAUACGGCUAAUGAUCCAGUGUAUAAAAAAUAUCCGUCAUACAUCGAUGAAAUAGUGUCUCUUUUUCAAAAGGGUGUUGUCAAUGAACGUGGAAGCAGAGGAAUUGGUGCCAAGUAACUGGAAGUUAAAUGUGUAUAUCCAAUGAACUUUCACUAUACCAUUCUUCCAACCCUGAGCUUUGUUUGUCUUUUUACUUUUUCACUUCCUCUCUCAGCCAUGGAACGUGGAUGUAUGUUGGAUAUCAUGCGGGUGGAAAGCUAAUUGUGUUAUCAUGCUUGAAAUGGUUUUUAUAACAUGUUGUGGGCAAUAUAGAAUUGAUAAAUGCGAAUUCCAAGUGUCAUAUAUAUGAUGAAACCCAUGUCUUUUAUGAAAUGGAUAAAUUACACUUGUGUA